AUGAUAAGCUUACAGACGUCGCUGACCCCGAGAAGACGAUUCCCAUUCGUUCGAUCACGCCUGAGCAGCAGAAGCAAGUCAACAUGCUACUUCCGAGGUGUAUUGCGCCACUUUCGGCCGCUAGUUAUUGUAGAAUACGCAGGUUUCGUGGAAUUUGUCUUCUUCAUCACUCAGGAGCUCGGACGCGUGGAAAUUGCCUUGCCCAACCGUCAAAAAAUACAUUUCGCUUACAAUCCAUUACAUCACCGACCGCUCUGA